UUACUUUUAUAUCCGGCAUGAUAUACAAACACUCGUUGUCGCUUUAAAGAAGAGUUCUAUUGAGAAAGGUAUGAAAAGAAACUACUUAACCAUUGUUUCUUUUGUCGCAUUGGUUCUGAGGAUUCUAACAUUGAUAAAGUGACAUUAUAUUGAAGAGUUACAAACACUGGCACGAUUUGCGAGACUGAACUAUAGAAAUGGAGCGAAAACAUUUAAGUGUCAAGAUACCUCAAGUUACCAAAGAUACGUGUGCCACCAUAAACGAGUCAUCUAUCCCUAGUACUGCCGCUAUGUAUGAUGUGGAUACGGAGUAUGAAUACAUAAUGCAGAAAGCUCUGAGGUCCUACCAUACCCACGAAGAACAAGAGCCAUCGGGAGAAUCGCCCGUCUCUCUUGGCGAGAAACGCGCAACUAGAGGGGAAUACAAAAGGGUAUUUCUCCAUAAAGAGUGUGCGCGAUAUGCUCUUCCGCCCAGGCCACUCACGGCACCAUGUAGACGUCUUCAAGACAGAAGAAAGAAAUAUCUCAAAAGACCAGAUAUAAAUCAUAACAACAUGAUGGCAAAAAAUAAAUCGAUUGUUUUCCCAAAUGAUAUCGAUCCAAUUAUACACGUUGGAAGAGUUAACAAUAGGAUAGAAAGGACUGUCACAUCUCAACCAACAAGACUCACUCUACCUGGACAAAUGGAUCCAUCAUUCUUUCGUAAAUUUUCUCGAGACAAAUCUAAAGAGAGGCCUAAAUCUGAGUUUGAUCUCAAUGGUUUUGAGCGAAAAAACUCCUCAGAAAAUGGACAGAAAUCUCAAAGACCCAAGUCUGCCGUCUACGAGUACGGUGGUGGUUUAUUCAAGCCUCAUAAGUUCAAAAAGCCUGGAUAUUUUACUAUUCACCCGGACUGGGUGUCUGAAAGUUUAUCAGUUCAAAGGCUGUCAUUACAGGAAAGGACAGCUACAUUUCCCCCUAGAAGAUGUAAAAGUGCACCACCACCUAUCGUUAAAAGUCGAAAUCCUAUAACAUGGGAAUUUUCAAAAUAUUAGGAUUUACACAUGUCAACCAUUUUGUUUAUAAUCGUUAAAGGCAGAAUCAGAUUUACUUAACAAUCGUCUCACUUUUUCUAUAAAUGCUUUAUCAUUUGGGACAAUUUACACAUUUUGUCACUUUGUAUCUUAGAUAACUUCACCAUUUGAUAAUUAGAUAUGAGGCUUUUGAAAGUUAAAUGUUUGAGAUUUUACAAACUACAUUGGUAGGUCAAAUAUAAUGUCGGUUGCAGUUCUAUCCACUCUCCUCUCUACAGUUCUGAUUCUGCCUUUAAGUGGAUUUAAUCACACAUAAUCAUGUGAAAUGUAUGUACUAUGUGCCUAUUGAUGGUUAAGGCAGCAGCAACAUGUAUUGCAAUACAGCCUGUUGUUAAUGUGUGAUCACGGUGAUCAUGUAAACAUACAAACUGCCACCAAUGUUUUUAAACUUUGGCAGUCAUUACAUGGUAUUUUGUAUGUACUAAAAUUGAAUAAAGAAUGAAAAAAUGUAAAAAUGUAACUGGCUACAGGGAUGCAACCAAGACACCCAGAGGAAAACAAAUCAGUGGUAUUAACCAGACCUUGUGAUACAGUAAGCUUGCAUGGCUGAGCUGAGGGCCUCUGUAUCAGUGAGCUCGGUAGUAUGUUCAGCUCGAUGUGGAUCCUCAAAUGUGCAUGGUAUGUCGAGGUCUGGUGUGUACCCCG